CGGGAAUUUAAAUGAGCCACGAACUGAAUUGCGAAAGUGAAUUUGUACCAGUAGAAAGUGUGGAAUUAUGUGGAAGUUGUUGGUGGUUUUGACUUUUGGGGGCCUUGUCCAGGCUAGUACCUCGGCUGACCCUUCUUUGACUGUCUUCCUAGCCGAGGCCAAUCAACAACUAGCCGCCAUCUAUGAUCAGGCGGUCUUGGCACAGUUGCAGAAUGAGCUGCGAGGAACCAACGAUGUUGUGGCUCUCCUCGAAAUGGAAAUAGCCGACGAAAAGCUGCUGAACUACGUGAAAUCCCUGACGCGGCAGGUGGCAAAGUUCAAGCGUUUGCAGCUGGGGGAUGCCAGCCAGAAUAGGCAGCUGGCGAGGAUGCCUCAGUUGGGCUACGAGGCCUUGGGUGGCAUGGAGCUGACUGAAGUCUAUGCUCUGGCCUCCAACAUGAGCGACAGCUACCGCAACGUCCAACUUUGCGCAUAUAAGCAGCCAGGGAACUGCACUCUGCGGCUAAUACCCGAGGUUCAGGCAAUUGUUCAGCAAAGCCGUGACCUGGAUGAGAUCGAGUAUUACUGGUUUGAGUGGCGACAGCGCACUGGACUGGCCACACGGGGUCAGUUCGUGGCCUUCAUGGAGCUGUAUAAGAGGACCGCCCAACUCAAUGGAUAUCCGCGAGCCGAGGAUUAUUGGUUCCGAUCGCUGGAGAUGAGUGGAGCGCAGACCAUGACAUUGCUGGACCGGCUGAUGGCUGGACUGAGGCCGUUGUUCCUUCAGUUCCACGCUCAUGUAAGGGGCUCCCUGAGAAAGAUACACGGAGAACGGCUGGUGCCCCGGGGCAGACCCUAUCCACAGCAUUUGGCCGAAGUCUUCAUAGGAAACGCCUUUAGACGGGUUCGUGCCGAGUGGUAUGUGGACUUACCCUCGCCCCAGACGGGGCUGGCAAAUAUCACCCAAGACCUCCAUCGUCGCGGGUUGAGCACCACACAGAGAGUGUUCUGGAAUGUGGCCGAGUACUUUAGGGGACUUGGUCUGCCACUGCUCGAAAGCGCCCUUUGGCAAAAUGCUCAGCCAGUGGCUGCAGACGACGACGACCGCUGCUGGCACAAGGUCUGGCGGUAUUACACCCUGCCCAGAACCAACUUCACCUACUGUCCCCUAAAUGACGAGGAGCGUUUCCUAAAUAUGUUUGAGGCCCAUAGUGAUCUUUACUACAACCGAGCUGCCUCCGGGCAGCCAACCCUGUUACGGGAUGAACCUUUUCCCAACUUCGGCGAUGCCAUUGGCAAGUGCUUCUCCCUGGCGGCCACCUCUCCACGCUACCUCCAGAAGUUGGGCUUGCUGCAGGAGGGAAAGUGGCUCGAGUUGCCCGCUCGACUCAACCGCUUGUAUGUGCAGGGUCUGCGCGUGGUAUUCCUGCUCCCCGUCUUCUAUGUCCUCGAUCGGUACCGCGUGGAGGUCCUAAGUGGACACAUCAGAGCGGACGACAAUGAGGCCUAUUGGCGACUGACGGAACAUUAUACGGGAGCAGCGGCCCCUCGGAAGCGGAGCAACGAACAGUUUGACGUCCCGGCCAAGCUGCUCAUGGAGGUGGAUGACCAGUAUUCCAGUAAUAUCCUGAGCAUCGUUCUACAGUUUCAGCUGCUCAAGCAUUACUGCACAACGACGCUGCAGUUUGAAAAGGAUAAUCCCAGGAGAGCUUUGGAUCUCUGCGAUCUCUCUGACCAGCGCCAGAUCGGUGCCAGUCUACAGCGAGCCAUGGCAUUGGGCUCAUCCGUGCCCUACAGCGAUGUCCUACAGGAGCUGGUGGGUGAGCCUGUCAUCAAUAUUGAUGGGUUGCUGGCUUACUUCCAGCCCCUACACGAUUGGUUGGUGCAGCAGAAUCAGCUAAAAAAUCUGGACGUGGGUUGGGCAUAG